UUCGAAAGCAUGCGUUGACGCGAGAAGGGCCCGCGAAUUAUUCAUAUCCCUUCUGUUCUCAUGACACAUUGGGGAAACAGAGUGUGCGUGUGUGUUUGUGAUGGCAAAGUUUUCUGUCAGAAGACACUCUGAUCCGUUCUUUGUUAUAGCGUUGAAGGAGGCCAUCGUUAAGAUAUCCGCUCAGAAACAGUGUCCGAAUGAAGGCAGGAUUGUUCGAUCGGUCCUUCAAGAAUUCGAUUGGAGUAAAACGGAGAUACAGAAGCAGUUAAAGUUCGCGGUUAAAGAUGGUUUGAUUCUUCAGGUGACUACAUUUUCUAGCCAUGGGAGUACUAAAGGAAUCCCCCAAACUGCUUACAGGAUUCUUCGGAAAGAUGGCGAAGACGAGGAUGAAAUAGAGAAGCAAAAGAAAAAAUUAAGUUCCAACACUCAUGACUGGUAUUGCUGGGAAUGUCACAAAGCAGGAGAAGUGAUUGCAUGUGAAUACUGUCCUCGUGUGUUUCACAGGAAGUGUGCUCAUUCUGGUACAGUUGCAAAUGGCAAAUGGAAAUGCCCAUCCUGCCAGCCCCAGAAGCUCUCUGCCUUGAUGGCAAACAAGACACCAGACCAGCUUGCUAAAUUGCUGAAAUUUACUCUGGAGAGAAUGAAAGAAAAGGCCAAGGAAUUGAUGGAGCCAAUUUCUCUAGAUGAGCAUCCAGAUUAUGAGGACUUCAUAUUCAAACCAAUGGAUCUUAAGAAUUUAGAAAAGCUGGUUGAAAAGAAAUCAUUUAAGUCUCCUAAAGAAUUCAGGGAAGAAUCUCAAUGGAUAUUUCACAAUGCGAUCAUUUAUUUUGGAGAUGAUGAUGAUAUCACAGAUCUUGCAGAAGCCAUCAUGGAAGACUGCGAUGGAGAGCUUGAAGAGAUGGUUAGAUGCCCAGACUGUUACUUGAUGUCAAAUUUACGAACUAAAAAUUGGUUCUGCAAACCUUGUUAUUUCCCCCAUGAGCUUGUGUGGGCAAAGAUGACAGGGGAACCACCAUGGCCUGCUAAGUUGUUGAGUUGGAAUAAUGAUGAGACGAAAGCUCUGGUGCGAUUCUUUGGGGCUGCACAUCAAAGGGCCUGGGUUGGCCGGAAACACGUGAUGCCAAUCACAAGUAAGCCGGAAGUCAAAAAACGAUCUCAAAGAUGGGUCCAGGCUAAUGAAGAGAUGAAAGAAUAUCAGAGGCAGCUGGCUCUGCUGUACCCGGACGCUAAUAAAAAGGAAACUACCCCUCUGCCAAAAACCGAGACCAAGGAAUGUCAGACGGAUGUAGUCUUGAAUGAGGAAGACAAAGAAAAGAUAAAACAGUUGGAAGAAAAGGUUCGGCAGCAAGAAGAGGAACUGAAGUCACUCCAGGCGGACUUGAAGUGCGAGCGGGAGCGCGCUAAGCAGCUGGUCGAAGGAGCGAAAAAAAAGAAGGAAGAACAAGACCAACGAGUGUUACGUGACAAGUCUGUGAGUGAACAGAAGGAAACAUCCGAGAACUGUGGCAGUAGCGGCCCAACUAUUGACCUUUCCAUGACUAGGGAUCAGUCAAGUGUUAUAAAAAUGUUACAGGAGGCGCUCGAAAGAGAGAGACAAGAUAAGAAAGAACUUAUAGACAAAGUCACGCGUGAUACUCAAAAGAACAGGGAGCGUGACAUACAACAGGCUGUGAAGAGAGCCGUGAAUAAGGAGAGACUGGAACGAGAGCGUAUCACAGAGGAGGCAGUGAAGAAAGCUGUAGAGAAAUGCAAACAGGAAAGAGACAGGCAUACUCAAAAAACGCUGCAGAUUGCUAAAGACGAGGCUGAAAAAUCAGUGCAGGAUGCAGUCAGCUUGGCUAAGAAGAAACAAUGGUGUGCGAAUUGCCAUGCCGAGGCUUUUUAUCCGUGUUGUUGGAACACAAGCUAUUGUACUUUGGAAUGUCAAAAGGCUCACUGGUGCUCACAUAGGUUCCAUUGUUUGAGGGUUACUUGUAGCUGCAAUCGAGAUAGCCCGAUGACGCAAUCGUGACGUCAUGAUUAGCCCACGUUGACCGCUGGUCUCAAUAAUGUAAGGUGACAUGUACAUGUAAUCAUGGUAACAGCUGGGGUUGUCUGAUGUAGCAAGGUUUGUUUGUUAAGCGGCGUAGUCAUAAAUUGUAUCCCGUUCGCAUCCAGGCUCGAAUUCUUCCGAUCUUUUAAGUCUGCUUAUCGUUUCUUCAAGAAAAGAAACUUCUGGGAAGUAGCGAGGGCUUAAUCCCGAACUGCGGCCGUUGUCGAACCCAGUUCACUUUGAGUUCUUCCGUGCGAACGGGAUAUGUAACUAACAGUGCAACCCUACAAUUACCCACAAUGUUCUUUUCUGAAACACUCCCUAAAUUAGCAGACUGCAUCACUUGAAAGUGCUGUCAAUAUUUCACCAUCAGUCAGAGUUCAUAGAAGCUGAAACUUUUACGUAAACCAACGAUAAAUGCGUUGUCCUGGAAAUUUGUGCAUUGGAAACUUAUUGCCUUGUUUGACAAUUUCGUGAAUUGAAGCAAGCUGAGGUAAUAAUUACAAAGUACCAGCCAAAGUAAUCAAGUCAUGGUGAAACCUUUUCAUGGAAAGAUAACGAACGGUUUGACAUAUUGUUCGUUUGUAAUUUGUACAUUCCUUGUAAGUGGUGUCGCUUAUUUCGCGUUUUGCUUUCGUUUUGUUUUGUGUGUGCGUUUUUAUAUGCCUUUUGUAUGCCUUCCUCAUGCUAUAUAUUUUGUUUUUUUUCCUUUUUUUUUUCAGCUGUUUGUUCUUUUUUUGUAUUUAUACCUUUUUUACAAUUUCCUUUUUUAGAUCUUUUUGUUUGUGUGUUUGUUUGUUUGUUUUUGUCUCUCAAUGCUCUAACCUUAUUCCUCGUUAUAAUAUUUCGGUUGGUUUCUUCUUUUAUAGAUGUGGCUUUUGUAAAAAGUUUCAAGUUUCCUUUUUUUACUGGUUUAGUUUUUCGUAUUCUUGUACCUACCUUUUUCAAAAGGCUUUUCCAACGUGUUUCCUAUCUCAGUGCUAGCAAGGCGCAGCGAAAUGCUAUCGACAAAUUAGUGUGCCCGCAACAAAAUAAAAUUUGACGUGGCAUAUUUAUCGACUAAAAAUGAAUUCACCUAGAACAUACAUUACGACUGAACACACAUUAUACAGAAUCCUUUUAGUAAUGUCUGCAUGAAAAAGGAGACUGGACCGUAUGUUUUCUUUAACCGUAGUUCUGCAUUAGGAAAACGUUUUCAGUUUGAGAAAAUUCCGAAUUCUAAAUUUCUAUUUUUAUGAUUGCAUCCAAAGAAGAUGCUUGUAAAUAGAGCAAAAACGAGCUAGUGUAAUUGUGUACUGUAACACUAUGCCUCGGUGGAGGUUAAAUGCCUUCCAAGGCGGUAGAUUCUGAUAGUUUUGAUAUGAGGUUAAAUUCAAAUGCAAUAUUUUUAAGAUCAUCAGUCUAGAAGAUUAACUUCUUAAACAGCAUUUGUUUUUUUAUUCAACUAAUUGUGCAGUAUACACAUUGACGCUUUCAAUCUAGACGUCAUAAUAAAACUCUCCAUACAGAUUUUGCUGGUUUGGAGAUUGUAACCUUGAGGUUAAUAUGUUAUCAGAUUCUCCUAAAUUUUGUUUUUCUUACAAGGAGAAAUUAGAAAUUGAUCGCUUCCGGGAAGGAACGAGUUCACUGAAUUGUUAUGAAAUUAGAAACGAAAAAUGUUGAGUAGAAAUAGAAUAAGAUUCCCAAAAGAGUUUAUUAUAUGAUUUGGAAGCGUGUCAUAGUUCCAGUUUUAAUCCUAUCGACGCAUAAAACAAUAGCAAUACCCAGAUCCCUCUCGCGUCUGCGCCUUUAAAAGCGUGAGAGAUCCAGCGACAAGAUCAAGUUGGGGAGUGUUAAAGGAAAAAAAGCCUGGAGGAAAUUAUAUUUAGCGCUCAAACUGACCCUAAAGAUUUUUUUCCCGCUUUUCUGUUGUAUUGCUGUUGGUAUUUUUGCUGCAGUUUAAGUUUCUUUUCAUCUGGCGUCAUUGGAAUAACUCGAAUUAGAGGAAAUUUAGUUAUCAUCCAGAACGUCAAUGUGAGUGACAAAUUUAUUCUCUAAAAUGAAGACAAAUUUACCACUGUACAUUGUUUGCUUGGUGGUCCUUCGUUGCAGUUAUAUAAAAUUUAAAUGAGUUUGUACUGCACUCUUCAGAAGAAAGGAAUAUAAUUGUUCGUGUGUACAGAUAAGUCGUCGGAGCUGGCAGCCUGUUAUGUACGAAGAGUAUAACCUAGUACUCGGACUGUUGACGAGUGGGGUUCGUGAAUUGCCGGAAUCAUAAGAAUUUAGGCUCGGCUCCGUAAGUGGCAGUUUUUGUACGCACGAAAAAUGUUUAAAACGUAAGGCACUGUUUAAGGAGGAAUUAUUGGUUUUUAGGGGUAAAUUUUAUGUUAACUUAAGUUUUGUGAGUUGUUUCAAACGCUUGACCCUGUGAAGAAGGUUAAAUGGCUAGAAGUUUUUAAAUCUUGGUAUUUAUGAGUAGUAUUUAUUAGAGGUAGUGCACUGUCCAUGACAACUCCCUGCUUUUAGGGUUUGGUUUGGUGUAUCAUUUAUUUCCCUCUGUUAUUCAAUAUGCCAAUUAUCAUAGCAAACGUAUUUGCUUUAACCAAUCAGAAAGUGGUGUUCGCUUUGACAAAGAGCUAACGCUCGAGCCUCUUACUAAAUUGCCCUGUUAUACUCUUGCACCUACGCAGCACCUCAGUUUCUUUGGAAACUUACUCUCUUUAUCUCGACUCUGGCUCAUCAUGCUUUGGAAACUUAACGUGAGGUGAAGAUGACCUUCCACGCGCUUUUUGUUGGUAUCAUAACCACAUUGCAGCACUUUCGCAUCGGUCACCCCGUUUUCUGAUUGGUUUGUUGCAUAAUCUACUUUGUUGUAAUUGGCUUACCUUGUGUAGAUGACACCUCUUACGUCAUUGGGAACACUAGGGUGAACUUUAGUGAAUGGCUGUUAGGCAGUGAUUAAAGAUCGCAAACAGUUGAUGUGA